AUGGCUAGGAAACCAGCAAGCUCCUCCUCAAGCGCGACGAUGAGAGAGCACAGAUUCAGGCCAACAACGAUGACAAUGUCAACCUUGAGCAGAUUGGGAGCACGAGGACAUGAACGUAUUACUGGCACCGAUCCUAAUGGGACGGUGUCAUUCAUCCAUGAUAUGAGCUCCCCUUCAUACCGCUGGCUUCUUCCAGGAUGGCUUGCAGAAGAGCGAAUUCUUGCUAAUGGACGUGUCUAUAAGUAUUAUUAUGAUCCUAAGGGCAAUCAGUAUAAUACCAAAUAUGAAGUACUAUAUCACUGGUCCAAGCAGGGAAUGGUUGUUCUUGACGUCUAA